AUGGCGAGCCCCGUGGCCACCAGCUAUCCCCAGUCGCUCCCGUCUCCUCCCCCUGUAUACCUCCCUUCGUCGCCGCCGCAUUCCCCUUCACGACACGAGGCUACGCCACGGUCCAACGCGAACCAAACACCAACCUCGCCAGUGGCACGCAAACCUAUGCCGGCGGCUCCUUACGUUGCACAAGACAACCAUCAUCGACCAGUCCCUUCGCUCAGUGUGACUGGGCACUUUGAACAACAUGAAACGCCCAGUACUACUGUACAGAACCCGCAUGACGGAUCCUUUACGUCACACAUGCAGAAGCUGUCCCUCUCGGACGUGUUGGUGGAGGACAACCCCACAAACCACGGCGCAUAUCCCCCACGCAAGGAGUCAGUCGGAGUUCUCCCUUUGGCUGGGAACAUGGCCUACCGACACACCCCUGCGAGCAGUGUCUCGUCAUUUGCUGUAGACCCUCAACUACACGAUGAUUCCCAGUUUGUUGGUAAGAAUAGCGGCUCGUCAUUUGAUCGCGACGGCCCGUCCGGUAGCCAGAAUACAUCCUCCCGCGGCAGUCUAGACAGCAUACCUCAGGUGACUGAGAAUUUUGAGCCCCUACAAUACCAUCACCGUCCCUACCAGGCUUCGCAGGCGGCUGUUCGGUCGACUCCUGCCCUGGGAUUAGGAGAAAAUUUCCCUGGAGCCAACAACCGCCUGAGUGCCAAACGCCCACAGCGCCCUCGCUCCACCUAUUCUUUUGCAUCAGAUAAUGGAUCUCCGCAUGCAUCUCCCUAUCUCCACCCACGCACAUCCUCUAGAAAUUCGAGCUCUCCCGACGUACGGCCGGUCUCGUUUGUCGACCUUCUCAACGCUCCGUAUCCCCAGCCCGGUCCGGCACCGGCUCAGUUCGGCAAUGCCCAUCUUCGGUCCUCUGUUGGAAAUAAUGCAUCUCUUCUCAGCCACAAGCAGACCUUUGAUAUGUAUCUAGGGAACGUGAAGAAGACCGACGACCUAGCGAUUCAGUAUGAAUUCGCUGUUUUCAUGGUGAAUGCUAUGCUGGAAAUGCCGGACGAUGAGCUCGAGGGCGGCAAGCCAUCAAUAGCCGCGGAGAAGGGUAAGAAAAGCAACGACAUCACUCGUUCGAGUCUUCUCAAAGAGGCCAAGUCGAUUCUGCAAGGGUUAGCCAGCCGAAGUUACCCAUUUGCGCAGUACUACCUGGCGGAUGGCUACGCUUCCGGCUUGUUCAGUAAGGGGAAAGAGGACUACGAUCGCGCGUUUCCUCUAUUUGUAGCCGCCAGCAAGCACGGUCAUGUCGAAGCAUGCUACCGAACCGCUCUUUGCUACGAAUUCGGCUGGGGAACUCGCGUCGAGGCGUCAAGAGCUCAACAAUUCUACCGCCAAGCAGCUUCGAAAAACCAUCCCGGUGCCAUGCUUCGAAUGGCCAAGGCUUGUCUGGCAGGAGAUAUGGGUCUGGGCAAGCGCUACCGAGAAGGAAUCAAAUGGAUGAAGCGCGCAGCAGAGUCUUCCGAUGCACAAUACAACUCCGCACCGUAUGAGCUCGGUUUGCUUCAUGAGUCCGGCUACGGAGAUGAUGUCUUCGCAGACCCUUCCUAUGCAGCGCAAUUGUUCACCAAGUCUGCCGACUUGGGUCAUGUCGAAGCUUGCUACCGUCUCGGAGAUGCUUACGAACACGGAAAACUGAAUUGCCCCAAGGACCCUGCUCUGAGCAUUCACUUUUACACUGGUGCCGCGCAAGGAGGUCACGCAGAGGCCAUGUUUGCGCUUUGUGCUUGGUACCUCGUUGGAGCAGAACCCGUCCUAGAGAAGAACGAAAACGAGGCAUAUGAGUGGGCAAGACAAGCCGCUGAACUUGGUCUCGCCAAGGCGCAGUACGCGGUAGGAUACUUUACCGAGUCGGGCAUCGGAUGUCGCCGCGAUCCCCUGGAAGCCAACGUCUGGUACGUGAAAGCGGCCGACCAGGGCGAGACUCGCGCGAUACAACGAAUUGCAGCCAUCAGAGCCGCCGCAGACGGCAUUAACCCAGCGCAGGCCGCUGCGGAUGGCAGUGGACGGAAAAACCGUAAGAGUGACGGCAAAAAAAGAUUUGGCAUUUUCUAG